AUGCCCAGGAUAGAUAGAACACAAUACGAACUAUUGCUUGACGAGGAAAUACCCUACAACAAUGAAGAAGCUGGAGUGAUCCUCUUGGACCGUGUGCUUUCCAUCAUAAAAUUUGCCUUUUUACUAUUUUUGAUCGUUGAAAUUACAUCUUGCGUAAAAUGGGACACUAUAAUCAACUCAAACGCCACCAUUAAUUCCUGGGAUGAUGCUCUUAUACCGCCUCCUGUUUGCUGGGCCUCAUUGCCAUGGUUUACUGGUUUAUUUGUUUUUCUCGCCGUGCUCUCGAGUUUGGUCUAUAUUGUAAGAGAAGCCAUUAGACUGUCUCAACUAUGGGGUGUACGACGCUUUUGCACUAUAACUCUUGAUAUGCCAACUAGUGAUUCAGAACUGAAUGAUCUCACUUGGUCUGAUGUGUUGAAAUGCCUUAUCAAUGUGCAAACCCAAAUGCAUCUAUGCCAUAGUAAUAAAAUUUUGGAUCAAUUGGACGUUUACAAUCGCAUUCUGCGUAAAGAAAAUUACGUUCUUGCAAUGUUCAACCGGGAUGUCUUUCCUUAUCGAUUUCAUGUUCCUUUCUCCUCCCUCCCCUAUAUUUAUCUGCCGCGUUACUAUCUGUUCCUGUUAAAACAGCUUCUCUUUGGUUACAAAUCACCAUUUGAAACAUAUUGGCAACUCAAGCCCGAGUACAAAUUCCUCGGUAAACGUGUUGAACUGGCAGAUGAGUUUGCUCUACAUUCACGUAUUCUCGGUGCUAUCUCUCUUGCUCUAAGCCCUAUAAUCUUUCUUGUGCAAAUUCUCCUAUUUCUCUUCUCAAAUUCUCAAAGACUUCGAUUCGAUCCUGCUCAGCUUGCUGGUCGAACAUGGUCUAAUUAUGCUCGCCUUUACCUGCGUCAUUUCAACGAACUCCCCCAUGAACUCAACCUACGACUUAAUGCAGCUUAUAAAUCUGCCUCUGAAUAUCUGGACUGCUUCCAGUCUCGUUUCCUUAGUACUCUAGCUUCUCAUUUGGUAUUUACGCUUGGUGGUCUAUCUCUCUUAAUGUUUUGUGCAGGUGCAAUUAAAGAGGGAUUUCUCCAUCUACCUGGCUACCUCGCCGUGAUGGCGUUUGGUGGUUUGGUGGCCAAAGUUGCCAUGAGUUUGAUACCUUCUGAAGAUGUCUAUCAUGUGCCUCGAUUCCCACUAUCAUCAACCCUAGCUAUGAUUCACUACAUGCCUGACAAGUGGCUGAACAAUGCCCACACUAGUCAGGUUCGGGCUGAGUUCUCACAACUUUUCCAGUAUCGAUUUGUUGCCGCAAUGGAGGAAAUACUUUCGCCAUUUAUUGUCCCUAUCAUCCUUUUAUUUGGGAUACCGAAAAGGAGUCUUGAUAUUGUGGACUUCUUGAGGAACUGCACUGUGGAAAUCGAUGGAGUUGGGGACAUUUGUAGCUACGCUCAGCUAGAACUGUCUCGCCAUGGUGACCCCGAUUGGUACCCCAGUGAUGACUUGCCCUCACCUGGGGGGUCUGAUGAUGCUUCAGGUGGCGAGAGACACGUUACUGCGGUUGGAGGGAAGACAGAACUUAGUAUUGCUCAUUUCUAUUCCAUUAAUCCCACAUGGAAUCUUUCUUCGACGAACAGGAAGUUUAUUGAUGACUUGCAUAAGCAACUCAGCAUUGAUAUGCAACGAACUCAGGCCGAUGUUAUGUUGGGUUUGCAUACCACUCCAAAUAUGCGAUCUUUGCACAGUAGAGUUGAUCCCAAGGUGGCUAUGGUUAUGUCUAUUCAUGCAGAGGGGGAUAAUAGGCCCUUACCAAUGAAAAAUGUCUCCCAUAUUCCCGCCUCUAUGAUACCUACCUCUUAUAGCGCUGGUUGUGAAUCAGAGUUGAAGUCAACUUCUCCGACACCUCAAACAGGACCCGGAACUCCAGCUGAAAUGUCUCCUAGCACUUAUCGCCAGAUUUCGGAAAAACCUGGUCCUUCUAAGUUCUCAAAUCAACCACCUAUUGGCCCUAGUUUCUCUAUGUACCAUCCCUACAUGAUGUAUCAACCCUACACUUCUCAAAUGGAUGAUAGAACGACUAUGGCCUCUAGCCUAGGAGAAGGAGGGGCAGCAAGUUUGUCGUUUGGGGAGACUCAUAUUGAUAUGGACACUAGUUCGCUCUAUAUGCAUGCUAUUCAUCAGAGAAGGCUAAGACAAGCGCAAACUUCGUCAGUACUCUUGUCCAGCCUGCGUCAAAGAUCAUUUACGAGUGAUGGACUCCAAGAUGAGAUUAGAUACCAACAACCAACUCAUAGGCAUCUAUUCCGAGGUAGAGGUGGCAUUUCCGUUCCUUCAAGUAUUCGCUCAGUUCGACAGUUUGAGGGAGUGGUUGAGGAGACUGAGGAAGAGACCAGUUCUGCUGCCGGAACUCAACAGUUGACAACUACUGGUUCUGAUUCCUCCACUGGAACUAUCACAAUGCCCACUCCCAGGAUUGUAUCUGAUGAUGUUCAAAAAUGGCCUGGACUACCACCCCCAACCUGCUAG